UUCGUACUUCUUUUUAGUCACAUUGUAUAUUAUGUCAUGAUGAUCUAAGACAUAGUUUUCUCACUAUAACCAGUCCUGAAUUGUUUCCAUCUUCCAGCAUCAUAAUGGAUCUCCAGGCGUUCCUGGUGUCGCAGUUCCGCGACUGGAGCCCGCCGGCGCCGGCGGUGCUGGCGCGCACCAAGCGCUCCGUCACGCUGGACUGGGCCAACGUCGAGCCCUUCCACUUCAUAGCCGACCAGCUGCUGUACCGCCUCGAGAAGAACGACAAGAUCCCGCCCUGGUUCGUUGUUUAUAGAGGUGAGAAAACUACGAAAGAAAUAGAUGACUUGGCUCCGAGACACCCUCACAAAUUUCGUCUCAGAGUAAUAGUGAAGGCUACCGCAGUCUCCACACUCGCCGACCGAGCAAUACAAUACUACGGAGAUGAACAAACGGCGUACGAUACUGUCAAAGCAGCUGCCACGAGAGAAACAAGUGAGGGUUGUGAUGAGAAGAAAGAGGACAGAAGUAAAAAAGAUGUGCUCGCUGGUGGAGAUAUAACUGUAGUCAUAACUGAUGAAAACAAUGAGCUGGUGAUAGAUAAAGAUAAUGAAGACUCAGCGCAAACAGAAGCUGCAGUUACUAGACAGGUGUCGCUGAAGACGGCUGAGCACAAAUGGCUGGAGUCGCAGUGGUCGGAGCCGGCGUGGGCCAGCACCGACACGGACGGCACCUCAGUCGUCUGCUUCUGCAUGGCCGUGCGCUGCGGCUACAUGAAACAGGUGCAAGGCAUGCUGGAGGAGCGUCCGGAGCUGAUCGGCCUCAUCAACACGAGCAACGGCUUCACGCCGCUGGCCACCGCCGUCAGGAAAGGUGAUAUAAACACGGUGCGGUACUUGGUGUGCGCGGGCGCGGAGCUGGACCAGCGCUCGGCCACCGGGCAGACCGCGCUGCACCUCGCCGUGCUCAGCGCGCGCAUACCUAUCGCACAGCUACUACUCGACCAGGGCGCAGACUUCCAAGUUCGUGACCUGAACAUGCUGCGCGUAGAGCACUACGCGGUGGACUCCGGCGACCUGGACACGCUGCGCUUCGUCCUGGACCGAGGGGGUGACGUCAACGCCGAGGAUAGCAACGGGUGGACGCCGCUGUUCAGGGCGCUGUGUCAGGGAGCUAACACGGACAUAAUAGAGGAGCUGGUGGUGCGCGGCAGUGCGGUGGAGACGGCGGACCGCGCCGGACUGCCGCUUACCUCCGUGGCGCGGCUGCUGUCCAGCAAGCAGUGAGUGCACACACCACGAGAUACUUACCGGUAGCCGGCACUCUGCGGGCCUUUAGAACAGGUCUACUUUAGUAGCAGCGCCGAUAUGCGGGCAUUGAGUGUGUCUUGAGGCAAAAGUCUGUCCUCAUAGAGCAGAACUCACAGCUCUACCCUAUAAAUAAUUAUAGAAGGACGCAAAUAAAAGCUCUUCAAAUUACCAAAACUAACCCAAC